CAGCGCCGCCCACGUGCGCGAGGCCGGGUGCUCGGUGGCUCCCCAGGUCCUGCCCAGCCACCCAGAAGCAAGGAGCCCGGGACCCUGCUGCCAUGUUCCCAGAGCCCCCGACCCCGGGGCCUCCAGCUUCCGCCGCGCCUCCGGACUCCAGCCGCAUCCGCCAGGGCGCAGUGCCGCCCUGGGCCCUGGCCACCAUCGUGCUGGUCUCAGGCCUCCUGGUCUUCAGCUGCUGUUUCUGUCUCUGCCGGAAGCGUUGUCGGAGGCGGAUGGGCAAGAAGAACCAGGCACAAGCCCAAGUCCACCUUCAGGAAGUGAAGGAGCUGGGCCAGAGUUACAUAGACAAGGUGCAGCCAGAAGUAGAGGAGCUGGAGCCCAUGCCAGCUGGGCCAGGGCAGCAGGUAGCAGAGAAGCAUGAGCUAGGACGACUGCAGUACUCACUGGACUAUGACUUUCAGAGUGGUCAGCUGCUGGUGGGCAUCCUGCAAGCGGAGGGACUGGCGGCCUUGGACCUGGGUGGCUCCUCGGACCCCUACGUGCGGGUCUACCUGCUACCAGACAAGCGGAGGCGACACGAGACCAAGGUGCAUCGGCAGACACUGAACCCACACUUUGGGGAGGCCUUCACCUUCAAGCUGGAGAAGCUAGGGGACAUCUGCUUCUCUCUCCGCUAUGUCCCCACGGCUGGGAAGCUCACUGUCAUUGUCCUGGAGGCUAAAAACCUGAAGAAGAUGGACGUAGGAGGACUGUCAGAUCCCUACGUCAAGGUCCACCUGCUGCAGGGGGGCAAAAAGGUGCGGAAGAAGAAAACCACUAUCAAGAAGAACACGCUGAACCCCUACUACAAUGAGGCCUUCAGCUUUGAGGUGCCCUGUGACCAAGUCCAGAAGGUGCAGGUGGAGCUGACCGUGCUGGACUACGACAAGCUGGGCAGGAACGAGGCGGUCGGGCGGGUGGCGGUGGGCGUGGCCGCCGGCGGGGCUGGCCUGCGGCACUGGGCGGACAUGCUGGCCAACCCCCGGCGGCCGGUGGCGCAGUGGCACUCGCUGCGGCCCCCUGACCGAGUGAGGCCACCGCCUGCACCCUGACGGCCACCGCCCGCCCCUUCCUUCCCGCCUCACCCCACGUCACCGUGGCAACCUUGCCCGCGUGGAAGCCCCAGGGUCCUGAGGGAAGCAGUCUGGUCCCCUGGCCCGGGGCCGCCCCUCCUCGCUCGCUCCGACCAUCAGCUCCCCUUGUGCCCCUGCCCCAGGCCCUCCUCCCUCACACCAGGCACUGCUCCGGCCAAAUAAAUCCUCCACAGCCUGGCCUGGCCCUGCUCCUGGAUGGGUGGGUGGGGCGGCCAGGAGGGAACCUCGGCUCCCGCGCCCCCAGCUCACCCGCCUGCUUCCCGCCCGCUUCCGGCCCGGCAGAAACCGUCACAAUGACAAGGCUGCGUGUCUGCUGUGGAGUUGAGCACCCCCGCCGUACUCAUGCAUUUCUCCCACGCGCACAAAGCUUUCUCUUCUUCUCCCUUGGCUUUACUUUUGAACCCUUGUGGUUUCCAGACAAGCGCGUUACCACGGAGCUAUCACCCCGCCCUCUGUGAGUUAAGACAGGGUCGUGCUAAUGCCCAGGGGCCUCCCACUUGGUCUCCUCCUGCCUCAGCCUCCCGAGAGAGCGGCGAUAGGUGUGCACAUAGGGUUCGUGCCUCCUUCCCUGCUCCCUUCCUCUCCCCUUUCGGCCUUCUUCCGUCAGCCGUCCAUCCUGUGUCCCCCAGACCUCUGUGCUAGGGUUCCCCCUGGGUGACAUGGAGCAGAAGAAACGGAGACCCAGAGCUUACCCCACACAGCUCACAGUGCGGGAAACACGGGAUUCCAGAGCCUUCGGAUGAACUCCCCGGGGCCUGGGAGAAAGGACAGCGUCACGGGAGGAGCCCAGUGGUCGCACACUCCCCUCAGUAUUCCUCCCACAAGUGCUGCCUUCCCUGUCUGGCUUCAUUGGCCCCUCCCUCAGCUGGUCCCGGGCAGGAUCUGGGGUGAUGCGGGGAGUGGGCAGCAGCGCUCCCGGGAGCUGAGGAGGGCCGUACAGAUGAGGCCGAGCUUCCUGGGAACCGUGGGAAGGGGGUCAGAUCGGUCACAUUGAUUAUGGUGUAGGUUUCCCCGAAGGAAUGUAGUGAUUUCCCGUGUAUGGUGUGUGGGCGCGUGUGUGUUUUUGAGGAGAGCACUAUGUAUUAUUACUACUACUGCUACCACUGCCAAUAAUCCUCACUAAAAGCCAGGUGUGGUGCAGACCCCUUUAAUUCGAGCACAUAGGAGGCUGAGGCAGGGGGAUUGCUACAAGUUCAAAGCCAGCCUGGAGUACAUAGCAAGAAGCUGUCUCAACACACAAACAAAAUAAUCCUCACAAAAACCACAUUAAAAAAACACAAUUGUUUUCCUAGUUGGCAAAUAAGGGACAGAACUGAUGUGAUUUGCUCAGAAUCACAUAGCCCUGAAGUCUGUCUCUAAGCCCUGGGAUUAAGCACACUCCAGUUUACAUGACAUCUGGGUCCCGUGUUCUCCGUCUCAACCAGAAAACAGACCAGGAAUGAAGAAUGAAACCAGUCCUAAUGGAGAUAGUGUUGGGAAGGAAGUGUGUGAGGGCUGAGACCACUUAGAAAGAAAGGGGGUUGGAGAUCAGCCUUAAAUGAGGUUGGUGUGUGGUCCUGGCGCUGUGGGAGGCUGAUGGAAAGUUCCAGCCUCUGGCGGGGGAUGUAGCUCAGUGGUUCUGGCACCUGCCUUGCAAGUGCAAGGACCCAAGUUCAAUCCCUGGUACCAAAAACAAAAAAAGAAAGAAAGUUCCGGCCUAGCCUGGGUAAUUUAGUGAGACCCUGUCUCAAAUACAUAAAUAAAUAAAUGGAUGAGGGUGUAGCUCAGUACUGGGGAUUCAAUCCCCAAUAUGAUAAAAAAUUGUUUAACUCAAAAUAGAAGAAUGCUUGUUUUAUUAAUUUCUAAUUGGGCAGUUUUGUAUUUCGCUAAUAAGUACAAUUAACAAGUCUAAUAGACUUGCUUUGACAGAACUGAAUCCUUUCCACAAAGACACUCACCUCUUUUUAUAACUUGGAAAAACAAAAACAAAACAAAGUCUCCCUGAACAAUUUUCAUUAUGCUUUCAUAUUUUUUCUUGUUCGAUGACAUAAGGACACCGGUUCUUCAAAUUUUUCUUUGGAAUUUAUUAUUUUAACAUGUCCUCUUGUGUACCUAAGGUGUGUGGCUUGCUGUGUUGACACCCACGUGUCCAGGGGGUCGAUUAUUCUUGUGGGGCUGAGGAGGGAGCUGCAGGGUUCCCUGUGCCCUUAGAUCACGAUCACGAAGCCCCUGCAGGGAGACUGUAUGUGGGGUGAGGGUGACAGGGACAAAGGGCUGCACCAGGCUGGCAGGAGCAGGACCCCAGCCCCUGGGCUAAGGGCUGCACUGGAAGCCACGUCACAUGCAGGGACCCUCAGCCAGCGUGGGACAGGGCACCACAAAGAUCCAUGCACACCUGACACCGAGGCCAAGUGCCUGAGUGUGCUGCUGUCCAGUCCCCUGAAGAUAGAGUAGUGGGACCCACAGGCAGAGAGCUGUGGCCAUUCUGCUGGGAAGGCAGCAGCAGAGCUCAGAGCAGGAAUCCGUGUUGGGGCUGGAAGGAUGAGCAGGACUUUUCCAGGGGGUGAUGUAAAGAAUACAGAUGUAGGGGCCACAGGGCCUUGUGACCUGCUAGUGGUGUGGCCACUCCUCAAGCCCUGGGGUAUGGUUCACUCAUUUCCACCUUGAAAAUAUCUCCACCAUGGUUGAUUUCAAGUGACAAAUAUAUAGUCACUGAAUGUUAAGGUUUAUAUCAAGAUGUCGCCCCAAAAGUCUCAUGUGCUCAUAUGUGGGGCUUUAGGGAGGUGACUGGAUCAUGGGUGUAAUAUAUUGGAUCAUGGGUGUGUAAUAUCCCCUUUCCCUGAAAAUAAGACCUAGCAGAAAAAUAAUCAGUCUUGAAAACUAGAGAUCAAAAUGCCAGCCCCGGGCUGGGGAUUUAGCUCAGUGGUUCUGGUGUCUGCCUCGCAAGCGCAAGGUCCCGAGUUCGAUCCCCGGUACCAAAAAAAAAAAAAAUGCUAUCCCCAAUGAGCCUGUCCUCUCCUCACCUGCUGCCGCUAUUCUCUUGCUCAGAGUACUAGCUCUUACUCUUACUGUAAAGCAGGCAAAGCUGAGACAGGGUGAUUGCAGCUGGCAUUUUGAUCUCUAGUUUUCAAGGCUGAUUAGUUUUCAGUUAAGUCUUUUUUUUUUUUUUUUUUGGUUCUGGGGAUCAAACUCAGGACCUUGUGCUUGCGAGGCAGGCUUGGUGCCACUGAGCUAAAUCUCCAGCCCAGUUAAGUCUUAUUUUGGGGGAAUCAUGGUUCUAGAUUGGUCCACUGAUGAGUUUAUCACUGGAUGUGAUGUUGGGAAGUGAAAGCUGACGGGAGAAGGUGGCCACUGGGGGGUGACUUGGUAGGGUCUGUCUGUCUCCCUCUCUCCUCCCUUGUUCCCCUUCCCAAUUAAACAUUUUCUUCCCAUUUCCCAAUAUCUAUUAUAAUAUACAUUGUAGUCCUUAUUUCCACUUUUAGUUUCUCACACCAGAG